GUGCUGAAGUCUUACACACAAGGAGAGGGGAGCGGGGGUGCUUCCAAAUAGAGCACAUUUCAUUAAUAAUAUUGUCAUCCAAACCCAUUAUGUCACAUUUUAUUUUCCUGGGUUGUGCGAAAUCGCAGAAAAAAAAAAACCAUAUAUAAACUCAGUCUGCGCACUAACGUGUAGGGCUGUUAGUUUACGUUGUGAUUCUCAGGUUGGGGGAUGGGUCUUGAUACUGAAGGGCAAAAUAAACACGGCUAUGGACAAGAAAAGUUCAAAGCCAUCAGGUGCUCACUUUAGAAAAAAAAGAAAAGAAGAGGAGGAGAAACGAGCAAAAGAUACAGGGGCACUUCUGAAAUAUUUUGGAGCGCCCUCUGCAACUGCCACUGCCCAAGAUGAGCAGCCAUCCACCUCCUCAGCCACAUAUGUUGAUCCUGAGGAUGAAGACCCAAUUGCGUCCACUUCAGAAAUGCCUGGAGCUAAACCCCCUGAGGAAGAGCCCCUGCCUACGGACCCUGGAAACUGGCCUUCAGCUAUCACUGACAGCAUUCGAAUACAGCUGGUUUCCAAAGGACCGAGGAAGGUAGCACCUGACUUUGUUUUCCCUAGAAACGAGGGUGACGGAAGAAGUUGCCACCACCAAUAUUUUAAGAAAACACUAGUAAGCGGAGAAAAGAUGCCUAGAAGUUGGCUAGUAUAUUCUGAGAAAAACAACAGCCUUUUUUGCUUCUGCUGCAAGCUGUUUUCUAAAAGAAACAUGAAGUUAACAAGUUCUGGACUGACAGAUUGGAAGCAUGCCAGCUCUUAUCUCACCUCACAUGACAAUAGUCCUGAACACCAUAACUCCAUGAAAGCAUGGAAAGAACUGGUAGUGAGGAUUAAAAAAGGUGAAACAAUUGACAAACAAGAGAUGGCACUUCAGCAGGCAGAGAAAAUAAGAUGGAGAGCAGUGCUGGCUCGUCUCAUUGCUAUCAUUCAAUCGCUCGCAAUUAGAAAUUUAGCACUAAGGGGACACACAGAAACACUGUUUUCGCCAUCAAAUGGCAAUUUUCUCAAAGAAGUUGAACUCAUGGCAAGGUUUGAUCCUAUAAUGCAAGAGCACAUUAACCGUGUCCAGAAAGGCACUUACAGUCACACUAGCUAUCUCGGUCACCAUGUACAAAACGAACUCAUCAAUUUGUUGAGUAGCAAGAUCACUUCAACAAUCGUUGAUGAUAUCAAGCUGGCAAAGUUUUUCUCCAUAAUUCUAGAUUGCACUCCAGAUAUUAGCCACACUGAACAGCUGUCAGUUGUGAUUCGGAUUGUGUCAUUACAAGAGAAGCCCCAUAUUGAGGAGUAUUUCAUGGGUUUUUUGGAAACUGAUGAAUCCACAGGGAAGCAUCUCACAUCCAUGAUUUUAAACAGGCUGGAAGAGCUGAAAAUUCCCUUUGAGGACUGCAGAGGUCAGUCAUAUGACAAUGGGGCCAACAUGAGGGGAAAAAACAAGGGCAUUCAAGCCAGGCUCCUGGAACUGAAUCCUAGAGCUCUUUUUGUUCCCUGUGGAGCUCAUACACUGAAUUUGGUUGUGGCUGAUGCUGCAAAGGGAUCUAUUCAUGCCACAAGUUACUUUGGGAUUUUGCAAAAACUUUACAAUUUGUUUUCAGCCUCCACUCAGAGGUGGGCCAUCCUGAAAAAACAUGCUAACAUUACACUGAAGAUGUGGUCUGAAACAAGGUGGGAAAGUAAGAUCAACAGCGUUGAGCCCCUGAGGUACCAAGCAUCUGCAGUGAGGGAGGCUUUGAUUGAGGUGAGAGACCACACCAAAGACUCAGUCAUAAAGAUUGAGGCCCAGUCUUUGUCUGAGGAGGUGGGAUCAUACAGAUUCAGCAUUUGUACAGUGGUGUGGUAUGACAUCCUGAACCAAAUCCACCAAGUGAGCAAGCUCAUGCAGUCUCCCAACAUGCAUGUGGAUGUAGCAGUCAAUCUCCUCAAAAACACAGAAAGAGUUCUCCACAACUACAGAGCAACAGGCUUUUCAGCUGCACAAAUGUCAGCCAAGGAUAUGUGUGAGGACAUGAACAUAGAGGCUGUUCUGCAACAGAAAAGACUGAGAUCUACAAAGCGGCACUUUUCUUACGAGUCAUUUGAUGAGCCAUUGAGUGAUGCCCUAAAGAAGCUGGAGGUGACCUUUUUUAAUGUUGUUGUUGAUGCUGCAGUGUCUUCCAUCCAAGAGAGAUUCAUCACUUUGGAAAAUGUGGGAGAGAAAUUUGGAGUACUGACACAUUUUCCAAAUCUCUCAAAUGAUGAGCUCACUGAACAGUGUAAAGCCCUCAGCACUACUUUGCUUUUUCAGGACCAAGCAGACAUGAAUGCCAGAGAGCUUGCACAGGAGAUUAAGAAUUUGCCUGACUUACCGUCAAAAUCUAUGACCUCUUUUGAGCUCCUGAACUUUGUGCAUGACAAUGAUCUCUCAGAAAUUUACCCAAAUUUGUGGACUGCUCUGAGAAUUGCAGUUACUCUACCUGUAACUGUGGCUUCGGCAGAGAGGAGCUUUUCAAAGCUGAAACUUAUAAAAACAUAUCUCAGGUCCACUAUGGCUCAGGAACGCCUCACUGGCCUUGCCAUCAUCAGCAUCAAUCAUGCAAUUGCUGACCAGAUUUCAUAUGACGACAUUAUUGAGGACUUUGCAUCAAGGAAGUCAAGAAAGAGUCAGAUUUAGAUGACAAUUAUCUCAUAUCAGUGUGUGUUGUGUGAAGCGCAAACAUGAUAAAUGUGGAAUUUAGGAAUGCCUUAUUUGAAUCUCCCUUUUACACUUAAUAUAAUAACUGUGAUAAUCAUGUCUUAUUUUGACUUCUGUGUGUGUGUGUGUUUUUUUUUAUAUUUAAAGUGCUUUUUUCCCCAAUAUAUGUAAGUUUUUAUGUUUGUUUAUGUGUGAGAUAAAUAUUGGUUAAAUUCAGCAUGGUUCCAACAAAAGUUUUUACAAUAAAAUAUGUUAACCUAAAAUCCUUAACAGGUUUUGUG